AGAAAGUGGUGAAGAAAGGGAAGAAGGACAAGAAGACCAAAAAGACGUUCUUCGAGGAGCUGGCGGUGGAUGGGAAGCAGGCUGGCGAGGAGGAGAAGGUGCUCAGAGAGAAGGAGCAGCAGCAGCAGCAGCAGCAGCAGCAGCAAAAGAAGAAGCGGGACACCCGGAAGGGGCGGCGGAAGAAGGAUGUGGAUGACGACGACGGCGAGGAGAAGGAGCUCAUGCAGCGCCUUCAGAAGCUCUCGGUGCCAGCCAGCGACGAGGAGGACGAGGUGCCUGUCCCGACACCCCGAGGAGGAGGAGGAGGAAAGAAAGCCAAGGGCGGUAAUGCUUUUGCAGCCCUGAUUCAGGAUCAGAGUGAGGAGGAGGAGGAGGAGGAGGAGGAGGAAGAGAAACACCCUGCUAAGCCUGCCAAGCCGGAGAAGAACCGGAUCAAUAAGGCCGUGUCUGAGGAACAGCAGCCUGGGCUCAAAGGCAAGAAGGGAAAGGAGGAGAAGUCAAGAGGAAAGGCCAAGCCUCAAAACAAAUUUGCUGCUCUGGACGAUGAAGAGGAAGGUGGAGAAGACGAGGAGGAAAUAACAAAAGAGAAGGAGCCUCCCAGACAGGGGAAGGAGAGGAAGGCAGAGCAGGCUCCCGAGGACCGAGGCGAGGGUGAGGGCCAGGCAGACGACCCCUGUGCUCACCUGAGCAAGAGGGAGAAGAAGAAGCUGAAGAAACAGAUGGAUUAUGAGCGCCAGGUGGCUUCAUUAAAAGCAGCUAAUGCCGCCGAGAAUGACUUCUCUGUGUCGCAGGCUGAGUUGUCCUCCCGCCAGGCCAUGCUGGAAAAUGCGUCUGACAUCAAGCUAGAGAAGUUCAGCAUCUCGGCCCACGGCAAGGAGCUGUUUGUCAACGCUGACCUCUUCAUCGUGGCCGGCCGCCGCUACGGGCUGGUGGGCCCCAACGGCAAGGGCAAGACGACGCUCCUCAAGCACAUCGCCAACCGCGCCCUGAGCAUCCCCCCCAACAUUGACGUGCUGCUGUGCGAGCAGGAGGUGGUAGCGGAUGAGACGCCCGCAGUGCAGGCCGUGCUCCGGGCCGACACCAAGCGGCUACAGCUGCUGGAGGAGGAGCGCCGGCUGCAGGCUCAGCUGGAGCAGGGGGAUGACGCGUCUGCCGAGAGGCUGGAGAAGGUGUACGAAGAGCUGCGGGCCAUGGGGGCGGCGGCGGCGGAGGCCAAGGCACGGCGGAUCCUGGCUGGCCUGGGCUUUGACCCCGAGAUGCAGAAUCGGCCCACACAGAAGUUCUCGGGGGGCUGGCGCAUGCGCGUCUCCCUGGCCAGGGCGCUGUUCAUGGAGCCCACGCUGCUGAUGCUGGACGAACCCACCAACCACCUGGACCUCAACGCUGUCAUCUGGCUCAAUAACUACCUCCAGGGCUGGCGCAAGACGCUGCUGAUCGUCUCCCACGACCAGGGCUUCCUGGACGACGUGUGCACGGACAUCAUCCACCUGGAUGCCCAGCGGCUGCACUACUACAGGGGCAACUACAUGACCUUCAAGAAGAUGUACCAGCAGAAGCAGAAGGAGCUGCUGAAGCAGUAUGAGAAGCAGGAGAAGAAGCUGAAGGAGCUGAAGGCCGGUGGCAAGUCCACCAAGCAAGCGGAGAAGCAGACGAAGGAGGCCCUGACACGCAAGCAGCAGAAGUGCCGGCGGAAGAACCAGGACGAGGAGGCCCAGGAGGCGCCCGAGCUGCUGAAGCGGCCGAGGGAGUACACCGUGCGCUUCACCUUCCCUGACCCGCCGCCGCUCAGCCCCCCGGUGCUGGGCCUGCACGGGGUGACGUUCGGCUACGAAGGGCAGAAACCACUCUUCAAGAACCUGGACUUCGGCAUCGACAUGGACUCGAGGAUCUGCAUCGUGGGCCCCAACGGCGUGGGCAAGAGCACACUGCUGCUGCUGCUAACCGGCAAGCUGGUGCCGACGCACGGGGAGAUGAGAAAGAACCACCGGCUGAAAAUCGGCUUCUUCAACCAGCAGUACGCGGAGCAGCUGCGCAUGGAGGAGACGGCCACCGAGUACCUGCAGCGCGGCUUCAACCUGCCCUACCAGGACGCCCGCAAGUGCCUGGGCCGCUUCGGCCUGGAGAGCCACGCGCACACCAUUCAGAUCUGCAAGCUCUCGGGUGGGCAGAAAGCCCGGGUUGUGUUCGCAGAGCUGGCCUGUCGGGAGCCCGACGUCCUCAUCCUGGACGAGCCGACCAACAACUUGGACAUCGAGUCCAUCGACGCGCUCGGGGAGGCCAUCAAUGAGUACAAGGGAGCCGUGAUCGUGGUCAGCCAUGACGCUCGGCUCAUCACGGAGACCAACUGCCAGCUGUGGGUGGUGGAGGAGCAGAGCGUCAGCCAGAUCGACGGCGACUUCGAGGACUACAAGCGGGAGGUGCUGGAGGCCCUGGGCGAGGUGGUGGUCAGCCGGCCGCGCGAGUGACGCCGUCCUGGGGCCUGCGCUCUCGGGCUCCGGCCACGCGGCCUUUGCCCGGACUUCUGCGGGCGCCACCCCGGCCGCGCGGCUGGAGGCAGAGGGCGGCCGGGCCGGGACGCGUUGUGUCGUUGGCACUCGCGGCAGGAGGGGGCGCUGUCGAGCCACCGCCCCGCGAAGCAAUAAAGGCAAGCUGUUUGGACGUG